CCUUCGUGUCAACAAAGAUGCGCGAGAAGCGUUUUCAUAUCAAUACUUUUAUUCGAAUUUCUUCAGUAUCGUAUAACUUGGUAUUUUACUUUCGAAUAAUCGCCGAAGGGUUCAAAUUCUCGGACAAUACUCGAUGGGCUGAGCUUCUACGUCAUGCUGAUAGAUGGCACCCGACAACCCUGCGAUAACUAUUGUUAUCAUUUAACCUUUCUGGCCGCCAACGAACGUUCAGUGGUUUAGUUAUACUUGGCGCGUUCGCUCGUCGAAAAUAUUUACUCGACGUUGAGAAAAGAAUAAAGGUAAUUUGCUUCUGUCGUGGAUACAGUCGCUUAACGCGCAUAGCUUUUACGCCGCCUCAAAAUUUGUGAAGUCAUGCAACCGACGGCCUACAGUCCAACAUCCGCAGUUUGAAUCACUCUAAUUCUACAUACACUCGUUACGGAUAAAUUGAUCGAUUUGAAAAAGUAUAAAUAAGCCAAGAGUAUCAGUUCUUCGUAGCUUGCUUGUGCUGUCGCCACAACUGUUCAUUUAACCACGAAUCUAUGAUCUUCGCUACAAGGUUGUUUAUGUGUAGGUCUACCGAGCACUUGUUCAAAUUCAAAUAUUCAACAAUGGCUUCUUCCGCCUCGAACGUUGACGAGCGGAUGCUGAAGGCUUCCCGGAGGAUAGUCCCGGUCUUGAGCACCUCAAAAUACAAGGGUCAGGACGGAAGGAUUGGAAUAUUUGGCGGGAGUGCCGAGUACACCGGAGCUCCGUUUUUCGCAGCAUUGAGCGCACUGCGAGUCGGGGCCGACUUGGCCCACGUAUUUUGCACGAAAGAUGCGGGGGUUCCCAUAAAGUCCUUCAGUCCGGAACCGAUCGUGCAUCCGGUUCUCGACCAGCACGAUGCUGUAAAGCAGAUAAAACCGUGGCUCGAUAGGCUGCACGUGAUCGUGAUUGGUCCCGGUCUGGGAAGAGAAGAGAAGGUCUUCAAAGUAAUCGCGGACGUCAUCGUGAUUUGUCGCGAUCUGAAGAAGCCCUUGAUCAUAGAUGCGGAUGGUCUCUUCCUGAUUACCCAGAAGCCAGAACUGGUCAAGGAAUAUCCGGGGCUCAUCUUAACGCCGAACGCGAUGGAGUUCUCUCGACUGGCCAAGGCCUUUCUGGAAAAGUCGAUACAGCCGGCUCCGGUCGCUAAAAUAUCGGACGUUAAACACCUCGCCGAUGUCAUCGGGAAAAACGUCGUCGUUCUGCACAAGGGUGCCAAGGACGUGAUCGUCGAUGGUCACAAGGGCACGGAGACAUUGUCCUGUGGAACUUCCGGAUCUCCGAGAAGAUGCGGGGGCCAAGGUGAUCUGCUGUCAGGAGCUUUGGCCGUCUUCUACUGGUGGGCCCUCAGUGCUGGCCCCAGUGAGUGUGCCUUGUCCCCGGCGAUGACGGCCUCCUAUGCUGCGUCCAGGUUGACAAGAGAGUGCAACGCUGCCGCGUUCAAGAUCAAACAGCGAAGCAUGCUUACGACAGAUAUGAUUGAAUUCAUACAACCCGUAUUCGCUAAAUUGUUCGAAACGCACGUUUACAAAUGAACUUCACGUGAUGUGACUCUUGACGCACUUAUAAUUUGGCCAAAAUUAUCAUUCUUACGAAUUUUAAGCUAUUCAUACCGUGGAAUAACUCUUCGUUUUUAGGUAAUAAUACACGAAUCUUGAAAUAACUCAACUCUUGUACUUCACUCGCUUUCUCAUAACGUUUCAUUUCGUAUGCUUACUGACAAGAUAAUUUGCCCGAGGUGGGGAUAAGAUUUAAUAAAAUACCGCCAACAUUGUAUAUUGUCAUACUUCAUCUCAAGCUUGGUUUAACGCACAUCAUACAAGUAUGGGAGCGUGAUUUAUUGUGAUGUAUAAAAGAACAAAAAAGUUUUCGAUAAA